AUGUUGCAAGAAAUAGCAAAGACGGGUCUCUUGCCAGCCUCCCAGAUGUCUGCCUCAAGUCUCUUCUCGGAGCUGCCUCGUUCGUUCUGUCUGCUGCUCCUUCUCCUACGAAUUCUUGGUGCCAGAGCCAAUGAGCUGGUGGUUCUGCAGACCCGGGGACCCCUGAGGCUGACUGCAGGAGAGACCCUCACGCUCAAUUGCACAUUCUCUGGGUUUGGGCCCCCCGGGGGCGCCAGAUGGUACAAAGGCUCAGACCGAGGCCAGCCUCCCGUUUACAACGCUAAAGGAGCACCUCUGCCCCGAGUGGUCAGGGUCGUUCCUCAGUCGAACACAGACUACAGCAUCCGCAUCAGCAACAUCCAGCCGAAGGAUGCCGGGACCUACUACUGCGUGAAAUACAAGGCAGCGACCCAAGAAACGGAAUAUAAAUCGGGAAAGGGCACAGAGGUUUCAGUGAUCGCCACACCAUCCUGGCCCUCUAUCACCGGCCCUCCAGGCAGGGUGGAUCCAGGGUCCUCCGUGACUUUCAGCUGCUCCUCAGAAGGCUUCUUUCCCCGAGAUAUCACCCUCACCUGGCUUAAGGACAGGAGGAGCAUCUCAGCCCCCAGGACUGUUAUUCUGCCCCCGAAAGAGAGCACAUCCUACCGAGUCCUGAGCACUGUGGAGGUCUCCCUCACAGAGAGGGAUGUGAAGUCCGAGCUCACCUGCCAGAUCCAGCACAGCACCUUAUCCGACCCCCUGCGGCUGAGUUUUAAACUUGGUGACGCCCUUCGAGUCGCGCCCAAGAUGUCGGUGGAACCCAGCCAGCUACUUGAGGCCCUCAUGAACCAGGUAGUGACCAUCACCUGCAGCGCGAAAGGUUUUUAUCCCAACAACACGAGUCUGGUAUGGAGAGAGAACGGCAGUGAGAUAGAUCUCGCCACGGCUGAGCCCGUGGCCCAGGACCAGGAUGGGACGUUCUCCGUGAAGAGUUCCCUGGAGGUGAAUGCGACCGAGCAGAGGAACCACUCCGUAUUUAGCUGCUACGCAGUGCGCAGUUCUCAGACUUCGGAUCCUGUCAAUGUGACGUUGAAGAUACACAGAGGAGGAAAGGAACGUACCAGUUCAGGAGGUGAAGGUCGGUGGCUGUCGUCCAACCCUGGCCUGUGGGUUGGAUUCGUCGUGAACAAGAUCAUAGCCGCUCUCUUCCUGUCAUUCCUUUUCCUGAGAAAAAUGCUCGAUAAGACGAGUCCGGGACACGUGGCGGCGGCAACCUAG